GGAAUUUUUAUGAAUUUUAUUCAACAUACAAUUGUAGAACUUUUUUGAAUGAUUUUUUUUUUAUGUCAUACUAUACUAUGACUUACCUGACCUCAGUUAUAUUUGCACUGCUGAGCCAAGACAACAACACUGCAUCCUUUAAGUUUUGCUAAAUAUUUACUUUCCCUUUGGACAUCUCGACAGGGAGAAGCCAGUAUGUGGACAUCGGCUCUUCAGACUAUUUUCAUUGCUUUAUAUCUACAGGUACCUGCGUGCUACCCAUUAUGCACUUUGGCUGGUCUUGUGGCUAAUUGCGCCUCACGGCACCUCCACUGGGUUCCUGCUCUGCCUCCCAACAUCACCCACCUCUACCUGGAGUUUAACUACAUCAGUGAGAUCAACAGCAGCGCGCUCAGAGGCUAUGACCAGCUGCAACAAAUAGAUCUUGGGAAGCAGAAUGUGCAGCUCACCAUAAGGAACAACUCGUUUUUCAGGCAGAGAAAACUGACAAAGUUGGUCCUCGGCUUCAAUAAAGGCCUUCAGUUGGAGCCAAGGGCUUUUGCUGGACUGUUCAAGUUACAACAUCUGUUUUUGGAUAAUUGCAAUUUGGCAGACUCCAUACUGGCAGAUAGCUAUCUGAACCCGCUUUUAUCCUUAGAAACACUUGAUCUCUUUGGUAAUGAAAUAGUGAGACUCCGACCAGGACAGUUUUUUUCAACACUUACGAAAUUCACAAAACUUAACCUUAAAUUGAAUCGUAUUGAAAGUUUAUGUGAAGAAGAUCUUGUUGGUUUCAGGGGGAAAUACUUCACACACCUGAACUUGGAAUCAAAUCGCUUGAGGUAUAGUAAAGAUUUUGACUGGGAAAGAUGUGGGAACCCUUUCAAGGGGAUAGCCUUUGAUGUCCUUGACUUAUCCACCAAUGGAUUCAGCGAGACCACGUCCAGACAGUUUUUCAAAGCAAUAGAAGGUACUUCAAUUGCGCAUCUUAUAUUCUCGGGACACCUGGGCAAAGGCUUUUCAUAUGACAACCUUCCUGAUCCAGAUGAAAGCACAUUUGAAGGCCUCAUCAACAGUUCAGUCUACACUUUUGAUCUGUCUAAAAACCGUAUAUUUGCUUUGCAGAAAGCUUUUUUAAGUCCUCUAAAGGAUGCCAUAAUUAUUGAUAUUUCCUUAAACAAAAUCAAUCAGAUAAACAGAAAUGCCUUUGACGGUCUUGAAGGACAUCUAAAAUUGCUCAAUCUGUCCUUCAACCUCCUAGGAGAAAUCUAUUCUCACACAUUCACCAAGCUGACAGAGCUUCGGGUGUUAGAUUUGUCUUACAACCACAUUGGUGCCUUAGGAGACAAAGCAUUCAGUGGUCUUCCAAAAUUACGAGCUUUGUUUUUGACAGGAAAUUCACUGCGAGACCUGAGUUCUCCUUCAACGUUACCAAAUUUAGAAUAUCUUUACUUGGGUAACAAUAGGUUGACAUCUCUGUACAAUAUCGAGGAAUUGGGUAACAACAGUGUUUAUGUGGAUGUUUCAGACAACAGACUUACAAACUUGGAGGAUGUUUAUGUCAUUUUAAGUAAUUUCCGUCACCUUCAAAAAUUCUUUUAUGGUGGCAACUACGUCCAAUGGUGCACACCAAGGCCGAAAGUUACAGUGCCUUAUAAUAACAGUUUAUAUGUGCUGGAUCUUCAUGCAUGUUCCUUGUAUAUCAUUUGGGCUCAGGGGAAGUGCCUUGACAUGUUUGAUCAUCUAGAGAAUCUGCUGGGUCUAAAUUUGAGCUUCAACUCACUUGCGAAUCUCCCACAAGGAAUUUUCAAUGGUCUAAGCUCAAUCAGAGAAAUCGACCUCUCAUCUAAUGCCUUAACUUUUCUGCAGGCAGAUGUGUUCCCGGUCAGCCUGAAAUAUCUUGACCUCUCAAAUAACUUUGUAGCCCACCCGGACCCUGUAGUGUUGAGGUCCCUCAGCUUCCUUAGCCUGGCUGAAAAUCGGUUUCACUGUGAUUGUAAUCUGGACAGCUUCCUGAAGUGGCUGAACGUGACCAAUGUAACCGUCCUGGGUUCAAGUGAAGAGUACAGAUGUGAGUUUCCAGCAUCACUCUACAACCUUCCUCUGCAGGAUUACUUCACAGUCAGUGAACCAUGUGAGGAAGAUGACGAAAAGUCAGUCCAAGAUCUCAGGUGUGCUCUCUUCAUCUUCUCUGCUUUCCUCAUUAUCACGGUUGUCCUCAGUGGGAUUAUGUACGCCCAUUUCCGAGGGCACAUAUUCAUCAUCUAUAAAAAGAUCAUUGGUAGGGUUGUUGAGGGCCCAAAACCAGCAACUUCUGUGGACCAAGUGCAGUAUGAUGCCUUCCUCUGCUUUAGCAACAAUGACUACGGGUGGGUUGAGUCUGCUUUGCUUAUGAAGCUGGAUCACCAGUUUUCAGAGGAGAAUAACUUCCGCUGCUGCUUCGAAGCCAGAGACUUCCUGCCAGGUGCAGAUCACCUUUCCAACAUCAGAGAUGCCAUCUGGGGCAGCAGGAAGACUGUGUGCAUUGUCUCCAAAGAAUUCCUUAAAGAUGGUUGGUGCUUGGAGGCGUUCACUUUGGCCCAGGGCCGGAUGCUGGAAGAGCUGAGAAACGUCCUGAUUAUGUUGGUGGUAGGGAAGAUGGCUCACUUCCAGCUGAUGAAGAACAGCACAGUCAGAGCGUUCGUCCAGAGGAGAGAGUACCUGGUUUGGCCGGAGGACCCUCAGGACCUGGACUGGUUUUAUGAGCGGCUCAUCUCAAAGAUACUCAAAGACUCGAAGCAGACCAAAUCUGAGCCUGCACAGCCGGACAGCCAACCUCAGAGGGAGGACAGCAUCCAAAUUGAGCACAUCAGAACAACCGCCAUGUGAACUCUGUGUCAAAGUUAACCUGCUGAUACCAACAUCCAUCCCACAUGUCACCAGUGAGUCAGCACUCAGUCCUCUUAGAGGAUGAGGAAGAUGUUCUUCUCUAAUAUGACCUUUCUGAAAAUGGCCAUGGGUAUAACCAACCCUCAGAGGAAGUGAAGGCAAAGACUUCACAAUAAAGUCCUAUAGAAUCAGACUAUGAACCUGCCCAGUCUUCAGCUCUGCUUUUCACUGUUCAUAUAUUUAGGGAAUCUGUGGCACAGUAUUAAAUCAAAAUGUUUUUUUUUUCUUUUGUCAUUGUCAGCAAUUACUGCACUCCAUGGCAUAAUGACAUGUACAGAUUAAAGGAAUUAAUAUGUUAUUUGUCUAUAUAUUUUUAUUAACAUUAACAGCACUGACUGAGUGAAAUGUGUCUCUUUAAUCAAGUGUACUCACAAGUAUUGGCUAGUCAGCUUUAAAUGUUGCGAGUAUAGCUCUACUCGGGUAGGAGCGUACUUUUAAAUGUGGAUGUAUUGGGUGGGAUGAAGGCUAUGUGGAUUCAUUUUGUUUUAGGUGUAAAUAGGCGGUGCCGGGGUGAAGCAGGUUGAGAGAUUUGGGGUGACAAGUUGCUCUGUGUUGCAGCUCAGUCGUUACAUGGUUUUGUUUAUGUAUGAAAUAUGUAAAUAUGCGUUGUAUUUAGAGUAGUCUGAGUUGAUACUGAUGUUCGAUUUGUUGUAUUGUGGUUGUUGUUGGGGUUAUUGUGGCGGAACGGUGUGGAGGGAAAACUUGUGUCACUGUUUCCGCGAUUGUUUGUAUGCAUUUGAUUACUUUGUGAAUCAAUUGUGAUAAAUAAAACUGUGCUUGGAUUCGUGAA